AUGCAAUUGAGGAGUUCCACAGUCCAGGCAACAAAGCGUAGUGCAUCGGCAGAGUCUGAGAAGGAGAAGCCUGCAAAAAGAGCAAAAACUGAUAAAAAAGUGGCUGCUAAGAAAACAGGAAAGCAAGCAAAAGCAAAGGCUAAAGCAGAAACUAAAGUUGUGAAAACUAAAAAAGAGCACACAUCCAAGGCUGAGUCAAAGAAGGAGGCCAAACAAACUCCUGGAGAGCUUGAAAUCGGGGAUGCAAUUCCUGAAGAUGUCGUUUUAGAGGACCAGAACUCGAAGCAAGUUAACUUGCUCCAAUUGGCAAAGAAGGCACACAUUCUUGUUGUAUUUGUGUACCCAAGGGCUUCAACCCCAGGAUGCACAAGGCAGGCCAAAGGUUUCCGUGAUGAAUAUGACGAAUUGACAAAAAAGCUCAAAGCUACAGUUGUUGGUCUCAGUGCAGACUCUCCUAAAGCACAGCAAAAGUUUAUCGAGAGACAAAGUCUCCAGUAUGAUCUUUUAUGCGAUCCAGGCCGGUCACUAAUUGCCACUUUAGGCUGCAAGAAGCACCCCAAGGGAACUAUUCGAUCGCAUUUCAUCUUUGUAGACGGUAUUCUUCGAGUUAAGAAGGUGAAAGUGAGUCCGGAAGUCAGCUAUAAGGGUGCAUUGGAGCAGGUUAAGGAAAUAGUGGCUGAAAAGAAGUGA